UACAAGUUACAAGUUACAAGUUCCGCACACAAGUGCGGGUGUCUCCGUAAAAGCCGGGGGGGGCCAUGGACGUUGUAUUGGUAUUGAUGCGGGUACGCGGGAGGUCAUCUUCAUUCUCCCUCGUCCGCUUCAGGGCGAAGCGCCUCAGCGCGACGUGCCUGGCCUCCCAAAUUUCCGAGAGGUACCUGGCCAAUGCCAGGGGUGGCGCCUCAGUCAUAAUGGUGCGCAUGCUGCGCCCCGUAAGGACUAGGUCACCAUCAUACUUAGCCCGUAUGCUCAUAUAAGCGGGACAUUCUUCGAAAACAUGCAACUCAUCUUCAACCGCUCCACAGUCACAAAGCCUGCAGAGUUCGCCGCGGGCAGCACCACGCCCUCGGGUCGUACACGUCUGCCGUACCACCUGUCUCUGGAUCCCGAAUGUUUGGCAGCGGCAGUAGCCUUUGCGGAGGAAUAUCCCGGCAACACGUACGGCAGGGCCAUCCUGAUGCAGUUUGUGAGCCGUCAGGUGAGUCGAGCCCUGCUGCGCUCUCCGCGUUGCGGUCUGCGAGGGUUGGCACGCAGCGCGGAGGCGCUGACGGAGGUCCUGUACGGCAGCGGCGGCGGCGAAGCCGUCGCCGUGACGGCGGCGGCGGCGACAGCUGACUAUCCGGAAGGCUCCUUGGGUCCCUAUCCCUCCGUCUCAGCACAGUCGCUGCUGCUGCUGGAUGACGAGGAUGGCGGCGGGGAGGCGGGGGAAGGGGAGGAGGAGAUGGAGUGUGGAGGUGGUGGCGGCGGCGGCGGCGGCAGUGGCGAUGGCGGAGGGGACCGGAGCGGCGACGAGGCGGAUGGAGUUGCUGGCGCUGAGAGUGCUGAGGGUCGGGCGUUGCGGGCGGCCGGCGUGACGUGCCAUGCGGUUGGAUCCGCUCUGAGUGCGACCCGACAGAUGCAGCCAUUCCGCAGCCCCUCCAUCCGGGGAUAGCGCUGUAUUGAAUACACCACGAAGGGCUCUCAGGUCCCGCUAGAGCGAGUCCACAAGUCUCAGCUAGGGCAAAGUCAAAGGCUCUCUGAAACAACCCCCCAAAACACCACCAACGAAAACGGGAUUCGAAGGGAAAAAAACAAAAAAAAACAAAAACACAAACAAACAAAAAUUCGGUUAGGGCAGUCCCGGCAGGGGAGGGCUCCUGAUAUACCUAACAGGCCAACAAAAAACCUCCAAGAGAGAAAGGCUAAGAGAGCUCGACACCACAAGACGUCUUGCAACCACCUUAAAACAACUGACCUCCGCCACCUGUCCCUUCCUGGGCUGGUCCAGGGGAGAAGUAGCCUUAUAAAGAAAAGGGACCACGCACAAGCCUGAUCACCACUGCAGGGGCCCGGGAUAGUCCGGCGAAACCACCAAAGCGUUAGCGUUGCCACGACACACAGCUCCUAGACCCUCCAGAAAACCGCAGGGGGAGGAUUGUAGCCCGCGCGGCGCCUCCCCCUUACCGCCACUAACCUGAACGGUUGGUCCUCCAGAAACCUAUUCACCCUGUCUCGUACUGCACCGCUCUCACCUUCGUCCCUCACCAAGCAACCCAGUCCCACAGAGAAGACGUGUCUAAAUAGAAUGGCCCUCCUCGGGCCACAUCUCCCUCUCAUCCGAGCCCCGCUACCACCACCAGACCUCAACCUCCCAAACACCAGAAAACCUACGUCCUUUUGGCGCUCUCACCGCCAUCUCCCCCCUCCCCUGUCCGAGCGACCCCACCUCCCCCCGGCUCUCCAGCACCCUACAACCUCGGAGCGGCACUAGGGAGGAAAAAGAGUUCUUCCCUGCACGACGUGAUCGCCUCCAUUCCCCGUCCUUCUCCUCUCUCUCUCCCGUCUCGGGGCUCCCUCUCACCUAUUCCCUUGUCCUCCAACCCCCAUCCCCCUCGAACUCCUAUACCCCCCCGAGCCCUGCCCUACAAACUAAGCUCAAAGCGCUCUUAGGCAAUAAUU